GCAGAGCGGGCGGCGGCGACCUGGAGACCCCCGAGGGAUGGAAGCGCCGGCGCCGGCGGAGGCGGCGGGAUGCGAGGAGCUCGAUAUGGACGUGAUGAGACCCUUAAUAAACGAGCAGAAUUUCGAUGGGACGUCGGAUGAGGAGCAGGAACAGACGCUCCUGCCUGUGCAGAAGCACUACCAGCUGGAUGGGCAGCAUGGGAUUUCAUUCAUGCAGACUCUGAUGCAUCUGCUUAAGGGGAACAUCGGGACUGGCCUUUUGGGGCUCCCCUUGGCAAUCAAGAAUGCUGGCAUUGUGCUUGGCCCAAUCAGCCUUGUGUUUAUAGGGAUUAUUUCCGUCCACUGUAUGCACAUAUUGGUACGUUGCAGUCACUUUCUAUGUCAGAGGUUUAAGAAGUCAGCGUUGGGGUACAGUGACACUGUGAGUUCCGCCAUGGAGGCCAGCCCGUGGAGUUUCCUUCAGAGGCAGGCAGCGUGGGGCCGGAGCGUGGUCGACUUCUUUCUGGUGAUAACACAGCUGGGAUUCUGCAGUGUCUAUAUCGUCUUCUUAGCUGAAAACGUGAAACAGGUUCAUGAAGGACUCCUGGGGAGCACAGCGUUGGUUUCCAACAGCACAGAUCCAUCUCAGGCAUGUGAGAGAAGAAGUGUGGACCUCAGGGUCUAUAUGCUCUGCUUUCUCCCGUUUAUAAUUCUCUUGGUCUUCAUUCGUGAGCUGAAGAAUCUCUUCAUACUUUCGUUCCUUGCCAACGUUUCCAUGGCUGCCAGUCUUGUGAUAAUUUACCAGUAUGUUGUUAGAAACAUGCCAGAUCCCCACAACCUUCCAGUUGUGGCCGGUUGGAAGAAAUACCCACUGUUUUUUGGCACUGCUGUGUUUGCUUUUGAAGGCAUAGGAGUGGUGCUUCCACUGGAAAACCAGAUGAAGGAGUCUAAACGCUUUCCUCAGGCGCUGAACAUCGGCAUGGCGAUUGUCACAGUCCUGUACGUCAGCCUUGCCACUCUAGGCUACAUGUGCUUCCGUGAUGAAAUCAAAGGCAGCAUUACACUGAAUCUUCCCCAGGACAUGUGGUUGUAUCAGUCAGUGAAAAUUCUGUAUUCCUUUGGCAUUUUCGUGACCUAUUCAAUUCAGUUCUAUGUUCCAGCAGAGAUCAUUAUCCCUGGAGUCACUGCCAGACUUCAUGCCAAAUGGAAGCGCAUCUGUGAAUUUGGGAUACGGUCCUUCUUGGUUAGUAUCACUUGUGCUGGGGCGGUUCUCAUUCCUCGCCUGGACAUCGUGAUCUCCUUUGUUGGGGCUGUAAGCAGCAGUACGCUGGCCCUGAUCCUGCCCCCCAUCGUGGAAAUCCUUACAUUUUCUAAGGAACACUACAACAUAUGGAUGAUCCUGAAAAACAUUUCCAUAGCAUUCACUGGAGUCGUUGGCUUCUUGUUGGGCACGUAUGUCACUGUUGAAGAAAUUAUUUAUCCAACUAUAGUAGCUGGUACCCCACAGAGUCUCUCUCUGAAUGUGAACUCUACAUGCUUAGCACCUGGUUUGAAAUAGUGGAAGAUCUGUG